CUAAGUUGUGAUGUUAGUUUGUUUGAUUGGUUAAGUUUUAAGAAAAGGGAGAAUUGCUCGAACAAUAAAAAAUCGAACUUUAGGAUUCUAAUUGAGUGAACACUCAUCUCCUCCACUCGUUUUCCUUUCACCUUCCUUUAUUCUUUCCCGGCAAUGGCUGCCGCCGGUCAAUUCUCGCUCCUCUCUCCCAUUUCCCCUCGAUCAAUUCCUCCAAACAAACCCUUCUCAGGUACCCAAUCCCCAAUUCUUCCAACCCGAAACAGAGUCUCAAUCACCAGAGCAAAGAAAUCCGGGGCAGAUGUUCGUGAAGAAGAGAUUGUGAUAGUCGGCGCCGGAAUCGCCGGACUUGCCACUGCAGUUUCACUCAAGAGGCUGGGAAUUGGGUCGGUGGUGCUUGAGCAGGCGGAUUCCUUGAGAACUGGCGGAACCUCGCUUACCCUGUUCAAGAAUGGAUGGAGGGUUUUGGACGCCAUUGGAGUCGCCGGUGAACUCCGACCCCAGUUCCUCGAAAUCCAAGGGAUGGUGGUGAAAUCAGAGGAUGGGCAGCAGCUUCGCUCUUUCAGGUUCAAAGAUGAAGAUCAAAGCCAAGAAGUGCGCGCUGUGGAGAGGAGAAUCCUCCUGGAAACUCUAGCCAACCAACUUCCAACUGAAUCGGUUCGCUUCUCGUCAAAGCUAGCCAACAUCGAGACCUCAGAGAACGGCGCAACUCUUCUGCAACUCACAGAUGGGACGCAGAUACUUGCCAAGAUCGUUGUUGCAUGCGAUGGCAUUCGAUCUCCGGUGGCCAAAUGGAUGGGCUUCUCCGACCCCAAAUACGUUGGACAUUGUUCAUUCCGCGGACUGGGAGUCUACGAUGGUGGGCAGCCAUUCGAGCCGAGGGUGAACUAUGUGUAUGGAAGAGGAAUACGUGCUGGAUAUGUCCCGGUUUCGCCCACCAAAGUCUACUGGUUCGUCUGCUUCAACAGCCCUUCUCUAGGUCCACGAGUCACUGAUCCCUCCAUCCUAAAGCAACAAGCCAAAGACCUUGUCAAGAACUGGCCCUCAGACCUCCUCAACUUGAUCGAUAUAACCCCCGAUGAAACUUUAAGCAAGACUCCCCUAGUCGAUCGUUGGAAUUGGCCUGGCAUAAGCCCGGGACCUUCUCGAGGAAACGUGGUUCUGGUUGGAGAUGCUUGGCACCCAAUGACGCCUAAUCUGGGGCAAGGCGCUUGCUGUGCAUUGGAGGACUCUGUAGUUCUGGCAAGAAAGCUUGCUGCUGCGAUUGAGUCCGGACCUUCUUCCACAGCGAUAGACGAGGCAUUCAGAUCAUAUGGGGAGGAGAGGUGGCCUCGUGUCUUUCCAUUGACAAUCCGGGCGAAUGUGGUUGGAUCGUUGUUGCAGUGGGAGAACCCUGUGGUUUGUGGUGUGAGGAAUCGCAUUGUGAUUCCUAAGCUGGUGAGGCUUGGACCGAUGCUUGAACACACCGAUUUUGAAUGUGAGCGUUUAGUAAGUGCCAAGUGAAUAGCUGAUCAAGAGCAGUAACGACGGAGACUGAUAAUGGAACAAGAAGACAAGUUUGGUGAAAGAGGAAAAGCUUGCAAAUUGGUACAGCUGAAAGACGACAACCUAAUUAGAAGAAACAAGGGAUACAUCCAAUGUUGGCUACAGAGCAUAAAUUCAUUCUCUCAUUCAACUUAGACAAUGGAACAAUGAUUCGCAAAACCAGUAGCUUACAGUUGCAAAACUCUCAAGUGCUUCCGCUGCAGAAACAUACAUUGUGAUGAACCCUUUUCGUUUUGCCUCACAUGUUCAAUGGCAGACUUCUGGGGUAACAUUGCAGCUCGAAAUCUCUGAGGUGACUGGUGAGUCGCCAUGGAAAUGCUGAUGCCAAUUUGUAUGCAGGGACGGCAAAGUUCAGUUUCUCAAAUUCUAGAUUCUGCCAACAAAGGGGGAGGAGAAAUUAUUGAGACGAGAUUAUCAAACAGAUCCACUUACCGGACUAAGUUUAUAUCCUGCAAAAUCGAACAGACUUCCCCAAUCUCUCUCAAUAAGAACGAGUUUUUUUUUUUUUUUUCCCUUCCCUUUCCCGGAAUCCAAUCAAUUGGUUAACGGAAGAACAACCCAAAUGAGGGAAGUGAUUUCAAGCAAAACCCAAAUGCCAAAUUACCCCAAACAAACAGCAAAACCGAGUGGAUGCAGCAAUACAGUCAUUCGACGAGAUCAACGUUCUUUCUAGCAAAGCCAAAAUCUUUCAAUAUCUUAAGCCUGGAAGGUGGAGCGCGAGCGAUGCCCAAAGCUCUCGAAAUUGAACAGUAAGCAAUGAAAAAAGUACCUGUGCUGGAGAAGAACCAGAGAACGAUGGCAGAGAGGACAAGGACGAGAGGGAUGAAGUGGACGGCGUUCUCUGCGGAUCUGAGACGGGAGAUCUCCUUCUUGGCCACGUGGGAGAGGGGAUCGUAGGUUGGGAGAUCGUGAAAUGUGGUUGAUUUGGAUUUGGGGAUGGAGUAGCUUGGACGGUCCUCGUCGGAGAACCGGGAGGUGCUCGAAGAUCUAUGCAUAACUCUUCUUUUUUCCUGUAUGGAUGGAUGGAUUGAAGACGCGGCAAAGAAACUGGUUGUGGCGGCGUCAAUACUCAAACCCAGCCGAGCGCCUUUUCCUUUCCUUUCCUUUCCCCCGCUUUCCUUGCGUUUACUUUUCUCCUGGUUUUUGUUUUUAGUUUUUAGUCGGCUGUACAUAAAUGGAAAAGUAUUUUACGUAAUGGUCACCAAACUUUGGGUUCAAUACGAAAUUGGUGAAUUGAAUAUAAAUUUGUAGCAAAUUAGCUUGUUUGCUGUUGCUUGGUCUAUUAGUAUUGGAAUUUUCAGCCAACUAUCCCAAAGCAAUAGCAAAAGCACCGUAUAAAGUACUAAUUAGAUGAGAAGUUGGUUGAAAUGAACAAGUGAAAUCUAGUUAAGUCAAGCUAGCUCCUUGCUCAACAACAAUUCCAACUUAUAUAGUGUCAAAUCAUCACCGCAAUCUAUUAUUGUUUCUUUAUCAAACAGUUCGUACAAGAGGGGAUUAUAUGAAAUUUAUGUUGAUUUAACUAAACCGACACAUUGAUUUGAGUUAUAAAUGCGAACAUAAUGA